AUGACUAGCCAGUCUCAGGGAAUCCAGCAGCUUUUGCAUGCCGAAAAACGUGCCAAGGACAAGCUUGAAGAAGCCAAAAAAAGAAAGGGAAAGAGACUGAAGCAAGCCAAGGAAGAAGCCACAGCAGAGAUAGACCAUUACAGGCUCCAGAGGGAAAAGGAUUUCAGGCACAAUCAGUCCGAUGUAAUGGGCUCUCAAGGUAACCUAUCAUUGAAGGUAGAGGACGAAACUGCAGUAAAGAUUCGAGACCUUACUAGUAACUAUCAUCACAACAUGGAGGGCGUGACUGGACAUCUCUUAGACAAGGUGUAUAACAUCAAUCCUGAAAUCCAUUCAAAUUUUGCAUAUACAAUUUAAAUCUUUUCAUGGAAAUGUUUCAAGAGGAACAAUAACAGCCCUACU